UGAUCUUGCCGCUGUCGCGCAGUCUGCUCCCGAACGGCAAACCGAGUGGAAGCAAGAACUUUUCGGUCCGCUGCUGCAGCUGCUUUCUGUGACUGACAAUCCGGUGCCUGAACGCGUCUGUGGGGAGGAUUCGUAAAGUCGCGGCCCGUGCGAAGAGUGUCGGAGGGGUGGAAAAUACAUUUUCAGCAUAGGUGUUUGUGGCGGGAAAAAUUGUGUAAAGAAAGUGAGAGUGAUAAAUUUUUACGAUCGGGAAAGGCGUGAUUGCUUAGAGGGAUCAGAAGGAAAUAUAUCCAAGACCAAUUAAAGCAGACACAAUGUUCAAACUAGCGGUCGUCUUGUUGGUGUUCAGCAUGGUUGAAGCGAACCGUUUCCGCGCGGAAUACCCAGGUCCAUAUUGCGCCGCCCGGCGGUACGAUAAAUGUUGUGACAGUCGUCAAGAUGGUUGUUCGCAGCCGAUUUCCAACACCCUCUGCUAUUGUGACGAAUUCUGCGAGCGCGGGGAUCAUGGCGAUUGUUGUCCAGAUUACGAAGAAAUUUGCCUGGGAAUACAACCACCCGAGGAUGUGAAAUCUUGCGUCCACAACGGUCACUAUUUCACACCCUUCGAUCCACCGGUAGUGGACAAUUGCAACACUUGCAAGUGUCAAAAUGACGGUGAAGUGAGUUGCACGACCGACGUGUGUUUGGUGGAUGGCGAUCUACUGAAACAGUUGCACCACUUGGAACGUUCGAUUGGCUGGCAGGCGACGAACUACAGCGAAUGGUGGGGCCACAAAUACGACGAGGGUAAGACCUUCCGACUGGGCACCUUCUAUCCGAAGUUCAAGGUGAAGUCCAUGAGUCGCCUUACCAACGGGCAGGAGCAUUUGCCGACGCACUUUGACGCUACCACCCACUGGUCGGGUUUCAUCGGGGAUGUUAAAGAUCAGGGUUGGUGUGGUUCUUCGUGGGCUGUGUCUACCGCCGCGGUCGCGUCCGAUCGGUUCGCCAUUCUGUCCAAGGGACGUGAAAUUGUUCAACUCGCCCCGCAGCAGAUCAUUUCCUGUGUGCGCAGAAGCCAAGGUUGCAGUGGAGGUCAUCUCGAUACAGCUUGGAAUUACGUUCGUAAAGUUGGCACUGUCAACGAGGAGUGUUACCCAUACAUCGCUGCCCAGAAUGCGUGCAAAAUCCGUCACUCAGACACGCUGCAAACCGCACUUUGCGAACUGCCAACCAAAGUCGACCGUGUUAACAUGUACAAGAUGGGACCGGCUUUCAGUUUGAAUAACGAAACCGACAUUAUGAUCGAGAUCAAGAAACAUGGACCCGUGCAAGCUAUCAUGCGCGUCCACCGCGACUUCUUCUCCUACAAGAGCGGAAUCUACCGCCACUCGGCGGCAACAGCAGCCGAUCAGCGCGCCGGCUACCACUCAGUGCGUCUGAUUGGUUGGGGAGAGGAACGCAUUGGUUACGAAGUGACCAAGUACUGGGUCGCCAUGAACUCUUGGGGCAAAUGGUGGGGAGAGAACGGUCGUUUCCGCAUUCUGCGUGGAUCUAACGAGUGCGAAAUCGAAAGCUACGUGCUCGCCUCGCUCCCGUAUGUCCACCAACAGGUGAAGCCAAUGCGGCAGGUCGGCGAGCUGCAGGAGAUGAUCGUUGGUACCGGCUAUGUUCCCCAUCCAAGUCGAAGAUAUCCGCCCUACGGACGUCGAACUGGCUAAGCGCGAACCAACCUUGGCCGGACGAAAAUUAAACAAUGUACAGUAUUACGGUUAGUUAAAGUGAAAGGCAGCGUGGCGGCGCGAGGAAUAGAAGACAGUCUCGCGAAGCGCCCUAGUUCAGCAAGGAUCUGUUCAAUUACUCAUAAAGUGGCGACGAAGAAGUCACACGACGAAACACGUACGAACCGAAAGAUGUUACUGCCUCUGUUUUGCCUCUGUUGAAUUUAGCAAAGCGCGUUCAACAGCGCAGCGUUCGUCAAGAGCACUAGUCGACAAAUGCAAGCAAAUAAGUGUAUUCAACAAACCAAGUGUUCAGUUUCUCAAAAUUGUGCCCUUUUCCGUGCGCAGAGAAGCGGAAAUGAGCGAUCAUUAUGUUAUUAUGAUUUAGUGUCGAACUAUAUUGUAGUUUGUUUAAGCAGAAUCUUUUUUUCUGACAAAUCGAUGGUGCCAAAUUGAUAUAAAAACGAAUUAUAGAAUAAUGUAAGUGAGAGACCGUUUCGUGUAUAAACUAAAUUCCAUAACGUGAGCCAAACCGAGAGAUCUAAUAAGCUCCCCACUGUUUUAUUUAGUAACUGUUUAAAGUCAAGUGAAAGAUGAUAUUUAAAGAACAUAAAGCGCAUGUAAAUCUAGGGUUAAGUAUAAUAUUUUUACUGUUUAAUAAAUGUGUUCAGGAACAACGUUUA